AUGUGGGGUAGAAGUGGAGCUUUCAUGGAGCCGAUUGGAGGGGCGGAGUUCGGCGGGGUUGACGAGCUUCUGGGAAUGGAGGGGGAAGAAGGUGGAGUUGACGGCGGUUGCCUUCCCAGAUGCCUCCCUCCCUUCACACCUCCAUCGUCUUCCCCUUCUCCCAUGGCCUUUCUUCAAAGAGGAGACGAGGGCUUCCCCAAGAAUGGCGAGGGUUCCACCUCAUCGUCAUCCUUUUCUUCCGGCAACUCCAUUCUUUCCAAGGCAAACAUCUCCCUCUGUGUCUCUCUCUUCCUCCCCUCUCUCUUUCUUCGUCUUCUUCCGACAACUCCAGCUACAAGAAGGCAAACCCCUUCUCUCUGUUUCUUCGUCUUCUUCCGGCAACGGCAGCCACUCCAAGACAACCCCUCCCCCCUCUUCCCCCCCUUCUCUCUCUUUCUUUCUUCUUCGGGCAACUCCAGCCACUCCAAGGAAAACCCCCUUCUCUCUCUCUCUUUCCUUCCACUUUCCCUUUCUUUCUUCGUCUUCUUCUUCCGGCAAUUCCAACCAUUCUAGGGCAAAUCCACCGCCCUUCUCCCUCUCUCUCUCUCUCUUCCUCCCCUUUCUCUAUCUUUCAUCGUUUUCUUCCGGCAAGUCCAGCCUCUUCAAGGCAAACCUUUUCUUCUCUCUCUCUCUCUCUCUCUCUCUCUCUCUCUCUCUCUCUCUCUCUCUCUCUCUCUCCUCUCUUUCUUCGUCUUCUUGCAGCCAUUCCACCUCCCCAAGGCAAACCAGUCUCCUCUCUCUCUCUCUCUCUCUCUCUCUCUCCCUCUGUCUCUCUCGCUUCCUCUCCCUAAACUACAGUGGAUAUGUACAGCAGAAGACGGCGGCGAGGAAGAUGAAGGCGGGGAAGAAACGGAGGAGGGAGGAGCAACGGCGGGGCUCCCCUUCCCGGCGGUGGUCGUCGAAGGUUCAAAUAGAAUACCCGCACGUCUUCUUCCUUCUCAACCAUUUCCUCCAGGACCCCGCUCUGAGGGCCAUCUCGAAUCUCCUCCAGGUGAAGAAGGAGAAGCUAGGACAGAGAAUCGGUGAGCUACAGCGUCUCGUCUCCCCCUUCGGGAAGGUAUGAAGACGCCUGUGAUCAAUUCAGAAGAAAUUAACACUCCCUCUUCCUCCCACCCCCCGUUGACGGAUUCUUCCUUGAUGGGUUGCCGUCGAUUUCCCCCCGCGGCGGUGCUAACCAUGAUGCCGCGGCGGCUGGGUUUCACAGUCGGAUACGGCCUCCGUCCUCCAUGAGGCUCUCGGGUACAUCAGGUUCCUACACGACCAGGUUCAGGUACCUCUCUCUCUCUCUCUAUGCACGUAUUUAUAUAUCUCUCUCUAUACACAGUUAAUAUAUAUCUCUCUCUAUCUCUCUCUAUCUCUCUCUAUCUCUCUCUAUCUCUUGCUUUCUCCUGUUCUUCUGACGUCACAAUCUUGCCCACAUCUGCGACAGGUGCUGAGUUCUCCCUACCUGCAGCGGCAGCCGUCCUCUGCCCAUCCCCACGUGAAGCCUUUAGAUGCCUUGCUCAGUCGUCUCUUAGCGCUCUGCAAUUGAUAGAUAGAUAGAUAGUGACCCUUCCAACUGUUUGAUGUAAUGUCUUAGAAGAACUCACUAUCUCUUCGUCUGCCGUCGGUCGCAGGGUGGUGAUGGUGGCGGUAUGGCGGUGGGGCUGGCGCAAGAUCUGCGGAGCCGGGGGCUGUGCCUUGUGCCUCUGGCCUACACUUCUCACCUCGUCGCCAAUAACGGCGCCGACUUCUGGUCCCCGGCCAUGGGAUGCGGCGGCGGCGACGACGACCAUCGCCUCAACGCCUACAAGCUCUAG